CUCCUAUGCUAAAAGAUGGAUAUUCCAAAACGGUACCUGUCACUCUUCUUAUUGACUAUGUUUAUAACUACAAAUGCUGACGCCAAACAUAGCGUUCCAGUUCCAAACGGUCCAUCAACAACAGGAUCUGUAUUUCAUCCUUUCGGAAAAAUAACUGUAGAGAUCAUCAACGAUCUUGGUAACACACUAGCGUUGAAGUAUCACUGUAAAUCAAAAGAAGAUGACUUUGGUAAACGGAGUUUGCAACCGGGUAAAUCGUGGUCGUUCAAAUUUCAUCGUCAGUUCUUCGGAAGGACAUUGUUUUACUGUAGUUUUGUAUUGCCAAAUGGAAGGUAUACGUUCAACAUAUAUGAAGACCACCGAGAGAGCGCCGGCGAUAACUGGUGCCAAAAGUGUGUGUGGAAGAUGAGACAAACCGGACCUUGUAGGCUUAACGAUGUAACAAAGCAGUUUGCUAUUUGUUAUUCUUGGAACAAGUCCUCGUAUUGA